GCAGUCGCUGGUCACACACUAUCAAAAGGCGAGUUGUCAGCAGUGCAUCACAAAAGAAAACAGGAAACAUUGAGGGUGAAGCUGCUAGUUGUGUCCUCACUUACUAUUCAUAUAUCAUGACGUCGAUGCAGACACUGGUUGUAAGGAAACCGUUUUUAAAAGGUGUUUCUUGCACACUGUGACCUGAAAACUUUCUACACCAAGAUGUGAAAUCAGAGCACAGAUGCACACACAAAGUCCUCCACAAAUCUUUGAUUGUCUAAAACAGCAGUGAAGACCUCAGGUUAUAGGCCAGUUAUUCACCACACAGGAAGUCAUUUUGGGUUACUGCAGUGGGCUGCUUGACUGCGACAGUCAGACUUGAAGCAGGUGUCUUUGUACGUCUAAGAGAGGAAAAGAAAAACUGCAGAUCUUCCUUUCAUGUAACUAAAUAGACUGAAAUUGCCGGACACCCACUGCCGCAGGUGUGCUUCUUAUUCAACUCUUCUGAAAAGCAGCAGCUGCUUGUCUGUUUGCACCAGAAGAAGCUUUUAACACAGCUGCAGAGAGAGGGAACAGCCAUGAGUCUCCUGUGAUAAUGGAUCGCAGCAGGAUAGACAGAAACAGAAAACAGAGAUGCGGUAACUACAACAGCGUCGCGGAGUCUGAGUACGACGUGGUGGACGACCAGGAGGAUGUACUCAAAGUGCGCAUACUUCCUGCGAGGCCGUUAAAUGACGAGAGAGAAUACGCAGACAGGAAUCUUCCAAGGUCAGCUUCUGCUCAGAGCCUUUCAUCACUCUCGCCUGGUAACUCUAACGUCUUCCCUAGAUGUCCACCCAGAGAAUUCCCAUUUAUUGCAGGUCCUGCUGUAAAUCGAGACCUGAAGCCUGGCAGAAGAAAGACCAGAAUAGAUGAGCGGUUCAGACCUGUGCCACCAGAAGACCAGGACUCACGAAGGCGCUCUCUAUCACCUCCAUCGUUCGCCUGCAGGAGAGAUCGACAGAGAGCAACUAAAAAGGGAGAUAUCAAUUCACAUGUGAGAGAUUCACAGAGUGCUGAAGGUGUUUCUGCCUCCUUCACCAAUCAAAGACGUUCUUUGGAUUUGGAGACUCAACAACUAGAUAUAAGGUCACAACAAAAUCUUGAAAGAUCGUCGUCAAAACGUCAUCACCAUGAGUGGCCGCAAACCAAAGAAGACUUUGACCAACAUGUCUUUGUUCCAAUGGAGAAGCCUCAACAGACCUACUGCGAAGAAGACUGGUAUGUUGGGGCUUGUAGUCGAGCGGAUGCUGAGCACGCCUUACACCUGAUGAACAAGGAUGGGGCAUUUUUGGUGCGAGACUGUUCCGUCAUCACCAACAGUGAACCCUUGGUGUUGGCCGUGUAUCAUGAGAAGAAAGUUUACAAUGUAAAGAUUCGGUUCAUGCAGAGCAUCAGCAAGUACGCCCUGGGAACAGGACAACGGUCAAAUGAUAUGUUUGACACUGUGGCAGACAUCAUCAAGUUUCACUCCAUAUUCCCAAUAAUACUCAUCAGCGGGAGAACUAUGCCAGCAAGCAAAUAUCCAGAAAACUGUGUGCUGACAUGUCCAGUAACAAAAAGGGACGUUAACCUGUUGCUAGAAUGACACAUGCACCACUCCAGAAAAAAUAAUCUGUUGUAUCCCAUCUGGUUUAUCUCGUCCUGUAACCCAAAACAUAAUGUGCUAUAUUGUAUGAUGCAAAUGUUGGUAAAAAGCUUUCAAAUUGUGACUGUGUUCACUUGUGUUAAUAAAAAAAAGUUACUACUUUG